CUGCCCACAACGACAACAACCGCCGACAACAUACAUCCCAAGGGAGUAUCCUAGAGCAGCGCUCUUCCAAUCGCUGGAUAUUUUCCUUUCGACACAGCAGGAUGUCCUCCAUCGAUCCAGUCGUCGUCAUUGACGGCAAGGGACACCUUCUUGGUCGUCUUGCCAGCACUGUCGCCAAGCAGCUGCUCAACGGUCAGAAGAUCGUCGUCGUGAGAUGUGAGGCUCUUAACAUCUCCGGCGAGUUCUUCCGCGCGAAGCUCAAGUACCACGCCUACCUUCGCAAGAUGACUCGUUUCAACCCCACCCGCGGUGGUCCCUUCCACUUCCGCGCUCCCUCCCGCAUCUUCUACAAGGCCGUCCGCGGUAUGAUGCCCCACAAGACCGCCCGUGGUGCUGCCGCUCUGGAGCGCCUCAAGGUCUUCGAGGGUGUUCCUCCCCCCUACGACAAGAAGAAGCGCGUCGUCGUUCCCCAGGCCCUCCGUGUCCUCCGCCUCCGCCCCGGUCGCAAGUACUGCACCGUCGGUCGUCUGAGCCACGAGGUUGGCUGGAAGUACCAGGACGUCGUUGCCAGACUUGAGGAGCGGAGAAAGGUUAAGAGCAGCGCCUACUACGAGCGCAAGAAGGCUGCCCGCCGUCAACUCGUCCACGCCCAGAAGUCGGCGGCUGUCAGCGAGCAGACCAAGACCGAGCUUGCUCAGUACGGAUACUAGAUACCUGGUUGCGCGGCUGGUUGCUUGUGUCUGUGAUGGGAUGGGAUGGGAUCGCGAACGGUUAUGUUACAGCGAAAGAUGGACAGCGAACCGAUCGACCUUUUUUUUUUCUCUCCCUGUCCCUACCUUUUCAUGAAUUCCCCACAAUGAUCAAGUUGUGAUGCACAUGGGAGGCUGGCGAAAUCGAUUUCUAAUACAAAAAAAGAAGAAUCUACGGGAGUCGUUUGGGAUGAAAGGUUGUUCAGACUAGCUGACCGUUGAUUCGCGCCGUGGCGGUUUAAUCCAAGAAAUUUCUUUUCAAGAGUUCAAAUGACUUGUUGUGACGACCCAAAAAGAACAACCAUUACUUUCACAUUCUAUUCUGUGGUCUUCAUCUGCUCUGUUAUGCCGUAGUAUAUAGUAUAGCUCGGAUCAAGUUUCUUGACCCGGUCGCCCAUGCAUCUGCCGCCUGAACCGGGUUCAAUUUAUC